AAUUCAGUUGGUGGUUGAAGAGGAUGCCACGUCAGUUAUCAUUACAACAAAUGGCUUGGACAUCAACAAUAAUAAAAUAUUAUUACAACAUCAUACCAUUCAUAUUUUAUGACCAAAAUAACGAAAAUUUUCAGAAAGAUGAGUUAAACAUAUUCAGGAAAUGAUGACACGUCUAAAUCAUGAAGCAAUUCAGUCUGAGUUAUCCAAAUACUACUAUUAAAGUUUAAAAUAUACCUGGUUUUAUGUGUGUGUGAAGAGGGAAGAACAGAGUCCCACCUCACCUUUUUUCAUACCUGUUCCUCAAAGUAAAAGAGCCCUUCAUUGAUAUGAUACCUCCGCGUCCAUCCAUUGUUUCUUAGAUUCUUCCAUCAUAGCAAUAUCUAAUUAAAUCCAUAUAAUAUGAUUACAUGAUUGCUGCUUUACAAUCUUACACUAUUCUCCCUAGGCCUACUGUCUUUUUUGACCAAGAAUUAGAAUAUUUUGCUAUAUACUAACCUACCCAGUUGCCAACAAUGGAGUUUCUGCCUACCCAUUUGGCCAAAAUCGAAUCUUACCCUCCGUCACCUUUUUCAUUCCGCCUCGAGACAUGAAAUCUUCGUGUUGAGAUUAUCACACACGGAGGGAAACAAGGCGACUGUUUGUGAUAAAGUUUUUUUUUGUUGGUUUCUGUUUAUAGGGUUUACAAAGAUAUUGAAUGAUGGGCGGUAGAGGAGAAAUGAAAUCUCAAUCGUUCAAGAAAGGUGGGAUUUUAUCAGAUUCUCAUUUGGGACUUCAAUGGAGCAAUCAAGAUUGCAACUUUUAUCCAGGUGGUGGGUUGUUUGCCUCUGUGCAAAUGGGAAAUGAAGGAAAUGAGGGUCUGAAAUUACCCUAUCCUGAUUUGCUAGUGAAAUACGUUUCACUGCCUGAGGGGUUUGGUGAGGCGAAGGGUUUGGGGGGAAAGAAGAAAAAAAGGGGGCUUCAGCUUAAGAUUAAGAUCUCUAAUCCUUCAUUAAGGAGGUUAGUUAGUGGUGGGAUUGCCGGGGCAGUUUCUAGGACUGUUGUUGCUCCUUUGGAGACGAUUAGGACUCACUUGAUGGUAGGUAGCAGUGGGCAUUCCACAACUGAUGUGUUCAACAAUAUUAUGAAAACAGAUGGAUGGAAAGGAUUGUUUAGAGGGAAUUUUGUGAAUGUGAUUCGCGUUGCACCGAGCAAAGCCAUAGAGUUAUUUGUUUAUGAUACUGUCAACAAGAACUUGUCUUCCAAACCCGGUGAACAGCCGAAAUUACCCAUUCCUCCUUCUCUAGUCGCGGGUGCCUCAGCUGGGGUCACCUCAACACUGGUCACCUACCCCCUCGAGCUACUCAAAACUCGACUAACCAUACAGAGAGGAGUCUACGACGGUCUGCUGGAUGCAUUUGUCAAAAUACUGCAAGAGGGUGGGCCUGGCGAGCUCUACAGAGGCCUCGCCCCGAGCCUGAUUGGAGUAAUCCCUUAUGCUGCCACCAACUACUGUGCCUACGACACUCUGCGGAAAGCCUACAGGAAAAUCUUCAAACAAGAAAAGAUAGGCAAUAUAGAAAUACUCAUGAUCGGGUCAGCAGCUGGCGCCAUUUCUAGCACGGCCACAUUCCCUCUUGAAGUUGCGCGCAAACACAUGCAAGUGGGGGCCGUGAGCGGGAGGCACGUGUACAAGAACGUUCUGCACGCUCUCGCCUGCAUCAUCCAACGAGAUGGGAUACAAGGUUUGUACAAAGGGCUCGGGCCAAGCUGUCUGAAGCUGGUGCCUGCGGCUGGGAUAUCUUUCAUGUGUUAUGAAGCAUGUAAGAAGAUUUUGGUAGAGAGAGAAGAGGAUGCAUAGGAAAGGAAAUCUGUUUUUCUGAAUAAAUUCCAGUGGAUAAACCACAGGUCAAUUGACAUUUUACAGUCUCUUUACAAAUUUUCUUCUAGUGUAGAAUUUUUUGCUCGGAACUUGUACUGAUUUUGAGAUGAAAAUCAAUAUGUUUUACUGUUUUUGCUUGUAAA